AUGGCAGCAUAUAACGCGCCUGCGAACGCCUACCACGGAUCUUCGAGGUACUGUACAUCACAGCUGGCCAACCGUGUCUCAAACUCACGAUAUGACAGUCUGUGCCAGUCAAACUCUCUGACCUCUAGCUCGUUACGGCCGGUGUUUGGUUAUGCCACCCAAUCUACCUCCCCAGCAUCACCACCCCCAAGAGACUAUCGAUGGAAACGAGGACGACCCGUGAUCUUUUCGAGCCGCGCCUUUGGUACGACGCCAGUAGAUUUGCCUGCGCAAGUUGAUCAUGCUGCAGCUGCAGCUGGGCCCGAGGCGCACGGCGCUCAGCAGGUACACAAUCAACAAGAGCCGGGUACAAGCUUGCCUCAGUCAAAUCAGCGCUCGACAGGAUAUGGUGGCACUGUGGUUGCUAUGCACCAAGACAUUUCCGCAGAACUUUCAACUUGCGCCGCAGAACACGAUCGCUCAAUAUCUGCUCACGUAGAUCCUGCAAUCACGUUCAAUGCACAGUCAGAGGAAGAUCAUACGGCAGGCAUAUUGAAACUGUCAUCUGCAGACAUUCCCAGUGCUCCCGGCACCGACUUCCAAGCUCAGUCGUCACUGACAGGAGACAGGAUAACGGAUGACGCAGCUGACACGGACUUUCUACAAAGUUCCAAUUCUACCGAGCAGGAAGAUGCUGCCUCUGAAGGUGAUGAGAUUAGCGAGGAGAUGAGUGAGACCCACACACCUCUUGAGUUCCAGAUACCCGAAGAUUUGUUGCGUGCCGCAAUGAAUGCUCCCGAUAAUAGUAAGGCAAGUUUCUGGAGCAGCAACCUUUACCGCGGGCCCAAAGACAAGCGAAUAGCUGUGCACUACUGCAAAUCCAAAGAAGUGGCUGAACGAGUCGCUCAGCAUUUUGUCAAUCAAGCUGUUGUCGGCUUCGACAUCGAGUGGAAGCCGUACGCAGCAGCUUCGUCGAUUAAAAAAAACGUGUCUCUGAUUCAACUUGCUUGCGAGGACCGGAUCGCGCUGUUUCAUGUAGCUCUCUUCAAGGGUACAUCUGCAGCGCAACUCAUGCCACCGACCUUGAAACUGAUUCUGGAGUCACCAGACAUAUACAAGGUGGGUGUCGCUGUCAAAGGAGAUUUCAGUCGCAUUAUCAAGUUUCUGGGAAUCGAGCCUCAAGGCGUCUUUGAGCUUAGUCGACUGCACAACUUGGUCCAGUUUUCCGCGACAGAGCCAAGUAAAGUUACGAACAAACUCGUGGGUCUUGCUACGCAAGUACAGCAACACCUGCAGUUACCCUUGUACAAGGGCGGCCACCUGGUUGACGACCCAGAAGACUUAUCAAAUGUCCGCUCCAGUGACUGGAGCCUGCCGCUCAACACACAACAGAUCCACUAUGCUGCUGCAGAUGCAUACGCCGGGUUCCGCCUUUACGAUGCGCUCGAAGGGAAACGAAAGCAACUGAAGCCGACACGGCCUCGGCCCCUGGUCUGUGACUACGACUCGAAGCCUAAGCCUAGAACUAGCAAGCCUCCGAAGAAACGCAGGACUAGCCCCAAGACGGACGCUGUUGCGGUUGGUGUUGCGGGAGAAGCCGCUGCGCCUACGGAACAAGAGGAGGCUGAACAAGCCUCCGAAGAAUCAAAGGAUAUGCAGGAAACAGAGGGCUACGGGACGGCCCAGGAAGAGCUCAUCGACAGUCACCAGCUCGAAGGGGAGGAACCGGAGUCCUCGCAAGAAAGCUACGAGGAGACAAGUGAGAGUGAGGACGACCUCUCCAUCGACUCAGUGCUCUCCACGCACGAAGGGAUCGCUGCUGCAAAGACAGAUCCGAGCCAGAAACAAGUCGGUCGUAUCGACUUCAGUCAGCUCAAGGGGCCUGACCCUCAAUACCCAAAUCUUCCGGAUCUUGGUGGCGAGCAGGCUCCCGCGUUGUCUUCAGAUGGAGCUAGCAUCGCGGAUACUGGGGAGGAGGAGCGACUUGAGGCCAACGACAAUGUUGCCAAGGUACCACUUGAAAUUGAUUCGGGUCAAGACGAGUUUGAAGACUCGGAGCUCGAGGAAGCACUGAGGGGAUUGAACAUUGAUGGAGACGGGAAGCUUUGGGGGGACACUGGACCAUCUGGGACAAUCAUGCCUCCCACGCAGCCAGACCGUUUGCGCAGAUUGGGUUCCAGCGCCGAGCAGCCACAGGUGAUCGAAGAAGCGCGCGUUGAAGUCGUCGAAUCUCUCCCUUCCCCAGCCCAAGGAACGACCCACACACCAGACUACGACCUCGCGACCUCCUGGGCACAGAGCUACCUCGCCUCUACCAUUCCCUCACCGAACGCGCGCACGCCAUCGCACAUACGCGCCACGGUGCCGCACCUGCGCGCAUACAGCCUGUGGCACCACCAGGGGCUCUCUCUGUCUGAGAUUGCGGGCCGCUUGCGCGAUCCGCCGCUUUCGGAGAGCACGGUGGGGAGCUAUGUGUUGCAGGCGAUUGUGCUGGAGAGGAUGGAGUAUGACAGGGAGGAAGUGAGGCAGGUGCUGAUGGGUAUGCCCGAGGCGUUGAGGAGGGGGAAGUGGAGAGGGUUGGCAGACAAGGUCGGUGUUAACGGAUAG